AUGGACCUCCGCGGACAUGAUUUGCGACUCCCGAGUUCCUGGGUUCCCGCGCCGCCGGCUAGCCGCCAGGGGGCCCAGCCCGCCGGCGCGAACUGGCUCGAAUCGGUGGCGGGUUUCUCCGUCGAUCUCACCGGCGGUGAGACGGCGGUGGCGGCUCUAGCGAGCUUCCCCUUCCCCAGCAGUGGUGCCAUGUGGGGCUCCCCCUCACAAGGCUGGCAUCAGAUCCCGUAUGGCAAUUUCCCUCUCCACGAGAAUAAUGCCGUUCCUCCUCAGAAUUUCACAACCUCUGUCCCCAUGUUCUUCACUGGAGAACCCAUUAACGGCGUGGAGCAAUCGACUGCUCAGUUGCUGCUGAACGGAAAGGUCAUGCUGAACGGCGAUCUCCUUCUCCAUGGUACCACCCACUGUGAGUGAUUCUGCUUGCACUCCCUUUCCCAUUAAAGAACAAUGGGUUUGCUUUGGAUUAUCGAUCACUUUGUCUUUUGAACCUCUCGAUUACUUUAUAGAUGAGUUCAUCGCUAGAAGUAUAUAACCAAUCAUUCACAAAGAAAUAAAAAUAAAAUAUGCAGCAAGGUUGGCGGACUUCGGACCUCCCCCUCCUCCAUUCGCUCCUGUGACUCCAGAGAAGACCAAGGUUGGACAGGAUAGCCGACUCUAUAGGGGUGGAGGAGAGCCUGUGGAAGGGGGGGAAGCAGCUGGGCGGGGCCCAGAGCCAGCGAGUCGCCCUCCAGAUUUCCUCCCAGAAGGGAAGGGCCCCAUUACCCUGUGCUUCGACAGAGGAGUCUCAGAGUUCCUGUCCGUGGGGCCUUCUUCUCAGCCGAAGGAAAUUGAGGCCACUGGGACGGCAGAGAAGCAGGAAGUUGACUUAGAGCAGACGCCACCACAGAAGCCCCGAAGAAAGAAGCACCGGCCCAAGGUCGUACGAGAAGGGAGGCCCCCUAGAACACCGAAGCCAUCAACCCCCAAGCCUGCAACACCUUCAGCAGAAGGCACUGGUAAGAGGAAAUAUGUUCGAAGGAAAGGUGUGGACUCCCCCUUGGAGACUCCCCCAAGUGGGGUAGCUGGAGAUAACGUUCAACUAGAUGAGAGAAGAGAGGGGGGGGCGAACUCUGCAAAGCGUCGCUUGGAAUUCCCUCCAGAAGGCGAUGGUGGUAAAGCAGAAUCACUUCCGGGGCAUGACAUUGGUAAUGGUCGAUCCAAUGCUAAUAUGAGCAGCCAAGAACUGGAAUCCGAUGCGGGUUCAUCAGCACAGAGGGGUCCAGUUUUGAGCCAUGCGAACAACCAAGUCCUUGAUGUAUAUUUGAAUUUUAUGGAGGUCCCAUCCCUGCAACUUCAGCCGUCGAGAAGAGAACUGAUACGGGGGAACUUGAAGAAGCUUGCAAGAAUGAGGGACAGAGAUCAGUUCCAGAUCCAUUAUCAAGCACAAGUGGGCAGCCAGUUGACUUUUGAAGAUCGUCCUGCCUCAACUGCAGCGUCAGAGUUCGAUAAGACCCCCAAUAAUGGUAAGAUAAACGGGAUCAAUGAAUCAUUUAGUGACAGGAACGAAGCUCAGAAGAAGAGGAGGACCGAGAGAGUUUGGAGUGGACCAGUGGUCAACGAAUUGGAUUCUCAGGCGAAUGGUAACAAUUUGGUAUUUGAAAAGCUCCAAGCUGUGGAGGGUAAGCAGGAAUUUUGCUCAUCAGAAAAGGGGCAAUCUCAAGCAACUCCAAAAAUGCUCCCAAAUGCAACCAAAGUGAUCCCGCGAGAAUCAAACCUAAAUGUUUCCAUUUUGGGGAAGAAAUAUGAUGGAUCAGUUUCAUCCCUGCAAAGCUCCUCUGAGAAAAAUGGUCUACAAUUUUUUUCAGAAAACUCUGCUCAUGGAAGUGAGAAAAUUCCGCCUCUGGACAUUAUUAUCCAUGGGGUGAAAUCUCUAGAUAUCAAUGGCCGAGCAAGCAGUUUCCCUCAGGAAGAGACUGCACUCGUUCCUUAUAGUGCUAAUGGGACAAUUGUCAUUUAUGAGGGCCAGCUUCAUUCUCUAAAGAAAGUCCGCCCAAAGGUCAUCCUGGACGCGGAGACAAACAGGAUGUGGAACCUCCUGAUGGGGAAGGAAAGUAAUGGCGUUGAAGGAACAGAGGCAGACAAGAAGAAGUGGUGGGAGGAGGAAAGGCGGGUGUUCCGUGGACGGGCAGACUCUUUCAUCGCCAAAAUGCACCUUGUUCAAGGUACAGGGGCCAUCCUACUUGCUUUUGUUUACCAGAGGCAUUUAUAUCCUGUGAAAAAUAUUAAAAAAUAUAUAUCUGAUACAGGUGACAGGCGCUUUUCUCCAUGGAAAGGGUCUGUCCUAGAUUCAGUGAUUGGGGUCUUUCUUACACAGAAUGUCUCUGAUCAUCUCUCAAGGUGAGCUCUAAUUUACACCUAAUCUGGUUAGUGAUAUUUUAUAAAUCUAAUAAAUAAAUUUCAACUGCUUAUCUUUUUGAUGUUUAUCUUCUGAUUACUUCCACAGCUCUGCCUUUAUGUCCAUGGCAGCGAGAUUUCCUCCUGGGUCUAGAGGAAAUCCCAUAGUCCUUGAAGAAAAGGACCAGGUGCAAGUCAAAGACUCACCUUGUUCGGAUACACCACUGGUUGCAGCAGAUGAUUCGAAUCUAAUCAGGGCAGAGGAGAUAAAGGCGCCGGGAGAUGUAGAUUCAUCAAAAGCUUCAGUUGUUUCAUCUCAAAACUCUUCAGACGACCCUCGUCCGAAGAUCGAUCAUUGUGGGUCCUGUUCAGACUCAAACUCUGAGGUCGAAUGCUCGAUCAUGAACAAUAACCGAUGCAGCUUGGAGUCCAGGAUCUCAUUCACAGAGCUUUUAGAGAUGGCAGGGAGCAGAAAUCUCUGUGAAUUAUAUAUUUUUGGACAUGGAAAGACCACUGAUGCCGAAGGAUUCUAUGUCCCGCCCACAAAAGAAUCAAUAGAAGGUGGGCUCUGUUCGUUACCGUUUGCCUCUGGAACCAGCAUGCCAGUUGGGAUGAAGAUUUCAAGCUCUGGACGUGGGUCGUCAGUAAACGGAAGCGGAAUCGCUGAUCAUCAGUCUUCUAUUGUGACGUCUCAAGGCAGUUCGCUGUCUGGUGAGUCACAGGCUUCCACGGGCAGCCUGGCCGCUCAAACCUCCCCUCCAUACUUGCCCGUCAAGGAGGUCCCUGAUGCUGUCAGAUGCUUCACCACGAUAGAGGGGGGGAAAACUGCAGUGACCGAGGGUAUGAUGGGAAACCGAACAAAUGAAGUUUCCAAUCAUAGAAAGGACAGUGCGGUCUCAGAAGGUAGCGGACAAAUAAAGAAGAGAGGAAGACCCAAAGUGGAAAAGGUGAACCCUUUGGACUGGGAUGGCUUGAGGAGGGAAGCAUGCCGGAGUGGUGUCAGGAAGGGAAGAAGUAGCGAUACGAUGGACUCUCUGGACUGGGAAGCAGUGAAACGAGCUGAUGUAGAUGAAAUCUCCCGCACCAUCCGAGAACGUGGGAUGAACAACAUGCUUGCAGAGAGAAUCAAGGUAACCUAACAAACAUUUAUAGAAGAGGUUCUGGAUUUGUUGAUGAUUCCAUUAUAAGUUGCUUUUUUUUUUUAAAGCGUAUUUGGAUCUUUUUCUCUUUUCUGUAGGGCUUCCUCGACCGCUUGGAGAAUGAUCAUGGAAGCAUUGACCUAGAAUGGUUGAGGGAUGUUCCUCCAGCCAAAGCAAAGUAAGGUCAACUAUUUUGGGCAAGUAUGAUGUUAAGAAUCCUAAUGAAGCAAGGUCAACUAACUGGUUUAUGGUUCCAGGGACUUCCUCUUGAGCAUUAAAGGACUAGGGCUGAAGAGUGUUGAAUGUGUUCGUCUUUUGACCCUUCAUCAUCUUGCUUUCCCAGUAAGUUUUUUCCUCUAAAUAUUUAAGGUCUUCCCCUCAAGAUCACCGUUGAAAAAAUAAAUGUGAUCGUCUAUAAAUACAUAUACAUGUAUAUUUAUAUAUAUAUAAUUCUGAUGUUGUUCUAUCUCUUCCCCUCACUGAAAAGGUUGACACCAAUGUGGGUCGAAUAUGCGUGAGACUUGGAUGGGUACCCCUUCAGCCUCUGCCAGAAUCCCUUCAGUUGCAUCUGCUAGAGCUGUGAGUAAUUAAAUUUAUUUAAUGUUAUUUAAUGCCUUUGAAUAACUAUUUAUCGAUUAAAAGACCUUUUAAUUUUUUCCAAAUAGCUAUCCUAUGUUGGAGACCAUCCAGAAGUAUCUUUGGCCUCGACUAUGCACUCUGGAUCAGCGAACACUGUAACAUCUGAAAACCCUCAUAAAGCACUAUAGUCUUAGAUCUUGCUGGCCCGAGUCUGAUGUGGAUUCAAUCGAUCCUGCUGUAAUCGGUUUGCUGAAGAAUAUGAUAGGUUUCUACUAAUUUUAACUCCCAUGGGCAUCCUUGAUGAAACAGGUACGAGCUACAUUAUCAGAUGAUCACAUUCGGAAAGGUACCUCCCAUUGUUCUGGAAAAUACUCAAGCUUUUCCUUUUCUGUGAGGAAAAUAUCGGGUAAUUAAAUGCCACUUACAGGUAUUCUGCACGAAAAGCAGGCCAAAUUGCAAUGCAUGCCCCAUGAGAGGCGAGUGCAAACAUUUUGCUAGUGCCUUUGCGAGGUAUAUCACCAUCAUUAUUUACGCUCUUAAAAUGCUCUGGCUCCUAAUUAAAAACAUCGGCCUGUAGUUAACUUGUUUCAAUUUGAGGAUAUUUCCAUGGUAUGUAGGAAAUAUUUCCCACGUCACCAUAAGAUUUUUUGAUUGACAAUAUUUUCCCAUACGCCAUAAGAUAUUUUUUUUGGAUUGAUGAGUUCUAAAUCUGGGAAAUAUUUUUCCAUAACACCAUAUGAUUUUUGGAUUGACGAGUAGAAUUAUUUUACUGGAAAGAUUAAAUUAAUUCCUGCGGAUUUUUAUUUUUUUUUAUAAUUUAAUUAUUAUAUCGAGUGCAGCGCAAGGCUUGCUUUGCCAGGCCCAGAGGAGAGAAGAUUGGCGACCUCAUCCAUGGAGCAUAAUCAUGCGCCACUUGGCAACCCAUACCUAGUUCCUCAGCUCGAUGGCAUCCCACUCAGGCGAGAAGAAGGUACCAAGAACAAUUGUGAGCCCAUCAUUGAAGAACCAGACUCCCCGGAACCAGAAUGCACACAGAUUCCUGACAUUGAAGACGGGUUCUAUGAGGACCCCGAUGAGAUCCCCGUCAUCAGGCUCAACAUCAAAGAGUUCUCGCAGAAUCUGCAGGAUUACAUGCAGCAGAACAGCAGCACGGAGCUCCAAGACGUUGACUUUUCAAAGGCUCUGGUGAUGAUUAAUCAGGAGACAGCCUCCAUCCCUGUGCCCAAGCUGAAGAACGUGAGCCGUCUGAGAACGGAGCACCGAGUGUAUGCCUACUUGACUUUCUGGCCAAAUUUACUAAAAUUGCAAAUAUUGUCCAUGUCCCGGUUGACUAAUCUCUGUUUUCAACCCGUUACAGCUAUGAACUCCCCGAUUCACACCCCCUGUUGGAGGAAGUGAGUUAUCAUCAUCCUAACUAAAAGUUUCCGAGUUUAUAAUUAUUUAUUUUAAUGAAUUUAUAUUGAUAAAUGAUUUCCUUGAUAAUAAUGCAGCUGGACCAAAGAGAGGCCCACGAUCCAUGCCCUUACCUCCUUGCAAUAUGGACGCCAGGUAAAUGUAAAAGAUUUCAUAGGUCAUGGUAGCUAUUGUAUGUGGUAUGCUGCUAUUUUUGGUUGAUAUUAUAGCCAUUGCCAAAUGGUAGGCGAAACUGCCCAAUCAGUGGAGCCUCCAGAAUCCUGUUGCAGCGCCCAGAGCACGGGGAAGCUGUGUGAACAGAGAACAUGUUUCUCAUGCAACAGCGUGAGGGAAGCUCAAAGUCAAACAGUCAGAGGAACCCUCCUGGUAAAACUCGGUUAUAUAGACAUUUAUAGUGCCAAAAAUUGACUUUGCACGGAUGCAAUCCCUAUAAAGAGAAAAUAAUUUUUUCAUAUUUGGACGGCCAAUGUUGGGUCAACCCCCCAUUUGUAGAUACCUUGUCGAACGGCGAUGAGAGGGAGCUUUCCGCUCAACGGAACUUACUUCCAAGUCAACGAGGUAAGCUUUCUAUCCCAUAUGGACCUCAAUAUCUCCUGGAAGUCAACAGGGAGGGAGGGACGGGGAGACUUUUAUGUGUCUCCAGGAAAACAAAAACUAAUAUUGCAGAAAAAAUCAUCGAUGGGUGCAGGUUUUUGCAGAUCACGAGUCCAGCCUCAUCCCAAUCGAUGUUCCCAGGUCGUUGAUCUGGAGCUUGCCAAGAAGGACCGUGUACUUUGGGACUUCCAUACCCACCAUAUUCAGAGGUAAACUGAUGGGGAUUUGACCAACCGUAGCAGCAAAGUAUUAUUGCUUGAGCAAUCAUUUUAUUCUUCUGAGAUUCUUCUAGGUCUAGCUAUUCAGGAGAUUCAGAACUGCUUCUGGAGAGGUAGGCCCCACCAAAUCUCAGUCAACGCUCCAUAAUCAUGCUUUUAUAAAUAAUUGUAAUAAUGUCAAUUGGCCCUAAUCCAGCUCGGUUUUUAUGGUAUUGGGCCACAAAAAUAGUAGGCCUGACCCACUCACUAUCUUGACCGGAUCUGAGCUACAGUCCCUGGUUUUCUCUUGGCCUCUCUCCCCCACCAUAAAUUGAUGCAGAAUGGAGUUCUUGGUUGGAAUCCUUCUGGCCUUUUCUCUACGCAUGGGUUGACCAUAUAUAUAUAUAUAUUUAAAAGCUAUAAUUAGCAAUUAUCUGUGUUCUAUCUCCUUACAGGCUUUGUCUGUGUGAGGGGAUUUGACCGGAAGACCCGUGGGCCCCGGCCUCUGAUGGCCAGGCUGCACUUUCCAGCCAGCAAAGUCACCAGGGACAAGAGAACAGCAGGGAAGGACAACGAGUAG